AUGUCCAGCACCUUUAUGAAGGCUGACAUAAUCCUAGGUGCUUCUAUUCCAAUUUAUAUCACAGUAGAACUAUCUCAAGUAACGAAGAUAUUUUUUGAUAGCAAACCGGAUCUAUCAUUCAAUAUCACUACGGAAAGAUGGGAGAUCUACCAAUAUUUGCUGACCUUUUACUUUGCCAUUGAGGAGAUCAAUAAAGAUUCUCACCUGCUUCCCAAUGUGACCUUGGGUUUCCACAUGUACAACACCUUUGACUCUCACAAAAGAACCUUAGAGGGCCCUCUGAUGUGGCUGUCUGGAAGGAGUGAGUUUAUUGUGAACUACAAAUUCAAAACUCAAUACAAUGCUCUUGGAAUCAUUGCAGGAAUCAGGCCUGAAUUUUCUGCUGCAAUUGAAACCCUUCUGGGGCUGUACAAAAUUCCACAUGUCACAUAUGGAAUGUUUGAUUCUUUUCUAAGUGACAAAGAUACAUUCCCAUCCCUUUACCAGAUAUCUCAUAAAGACACAGCUCUUACCCAAGGGGUGAUCUCUUUAUUGCUGCAUUUUGGCUGGAAGUGGGUGGGUAUCUUUGUGUCUGAUGAUCUGAAAGGCAAGGAGUUCCUCUCAGACUUGAAAGCAGAGAUGCUUCAUCCAUUUCUGAGGAAAAUCCAAUUUACAAACACUGCUGGAGACCAGAUAUGCUUUGAUGAGAGCAAGAAUCAUAUGGAAAAGUAUGAUAUACAAAACAUUAGGAGAAAUGCUAAUCAUUUUUCAUUUCUAGUUAAAGUAGGAGAGUUUGUCUCCAAAAGUCUACAAGAUCAAGGCUUGUUCAUCAAUGAAAUUCUGAUCAAAUGGCCAAGCAACUUCAAUCAGAGUCCUCAAUCUGUAUGUACACAGAGCUGUGUUCCAGGUUUCUGGAAAAUUCUAGAGGAAGAAAGACCGAUAUGCUGUUUUUCUUGUAUGGUUUGUCCAGAAGGGCACAUUUCCAACCAGACAGAUCAGAAGGAGUGUAUCCCUUGCCCAGUUCAAGAGUUUCCAAACCCUGAGAGAAACAACUGCCUACAAAAGUCAGUGACAUUCCUGUCCUUUGAUGAUUCUCUGGGAACAGCUCUAGCCUGCACAGCUCUGUGUUUGACUGUCAGCACAGUUGUAGUUUUGGGAAUCUUUCUCAAACACCAAGACUCACCCAUCGUGAAGGCCAAUAAUCGGACUCUCAGCUUCAUCCUGCUCAUCUCCCUCCUCCUCUGCUUCCUGUGCCCAUUUCUCUUCAUUGGUCAGCCAAACACAGCCUCCUGCAUAUUGCAACAAAUUACAUUUGCUCUGGUGUUCACUCUGGCUCUUUCCACUGUUUUGGCUAAAACUAUAACGGUAAUUCUGGCCUUUAGAAUCAUGACACCAGGAAGAACAAUGAGAAGGCUCUUUGUCUCAGGUUUCUAUAACUCUGUCAUCCCCAUAUGUAUCUUGAUCCAGCUUAUUCUCCUUGGACUCUGGUUGGGAACUUCUCCUCCCUAUAUUGAAGAAGAUGCACACUCUGAACAUGAUCACAUCAUCAUUUUGUGCAACAAGGGCUCAGUCACUGCUUUCUACUGUGUGCUGGCAUAUUUAGGGACCCUGGCCUUAGGAAGCUUCACUGUGGCUUUCCUGGCAAGGAACCUACCUGAUAGAUUCAAUGAAGCCAAGUUCCUGACAUUCAGCAUGCUGGUGUUCUGCAGUGUCUGGGUCACCUUCCUCCCUGUCUACCACAGCACCAAGAACAAAGUCAUGGUGGCUGUGGAGGUCUUUUCCAUUUUAGCAUCCGCUGCUGGACUGCUUGGAUGCAUCUUUUUCCCAAAGUGCUUCAUAAUACUCCAAAGGCCUGAUAAGAAACAUUUGAAAUGUUUUAAA